AUGCUGCCUUUGCUGCUGCUGCCACUGCUGUGGGGAGGGUCCCUGCAGGAGGAUGACGGGUACGCGCUGCAGGUGCCAGAAGUGGUCACAGUGCAGGAGGGCCUGUGUGUCGCUGUGCCCUGCACAUUCUCCUACCCCUGGUGGGUGUGGAAUGACCACGUCCUGCUCUACAUCUACUGGUUCCGCAGUGAGGACAACGCGUUCUACAGCCGUUCUGUGGCCACAAACAAUCCCAACCGAGAAGUGUGGCCAGAGACCCAGGGCCGAUUCCUCCUCCUCGGGAACCUCAAGGAAAACAACUGCUCGCUGGGCAUUAGGGACGCCAGGAAGAGUGACACGAGCACCUACUUCCUCCGAGUGGAGAGAGGGAAGAACGUAAAAUACAGCUACCGAGAUAAGAAGCUAAAUUUGCAGGUGACAGACCUGACACAGAAGCCUGAAAUCCACAUUCCAGAACCUCUCGAGUCUGGCCGCCCCACCAAUCUGACCUGCAGGCUUCCAGGAUCUUGUGAGGGAGGGAGACCGCUCAUCUUCUCCUGGACAGGGGAUACCCUGGGCAGGCUGGACCCCAGGACCCUCCAGUCUUCAGUGCUCACCAUCACCCCAAGACCCCAGGACCACGGCACCUAUCUCACCUGUCAGGUGAGCCUCAGAGGAUCACAACUGACUACAGAGAAGACCAUACAGCUCCAAGUCUCCAGAAACCUCCUCUACUGUCACGGUUCCAAUACUGGUGAAGGAGGAUCCGGGCCCCUGAUCCGGACGCUGGUCAGGGGGUCACUCAUGGGGACUGGCUUCCUCCUCACCUAUGUCCUCACCUGGCUCUACUACACCAGGUGUGGAGGCCUCAGAGAAGCAGGGUUGACGUGA